GACGCUCAUCAUGGCUCUCAAUUGGGACGCAUUCCUCAAUACUGAGGGUUUCAACCUGCCCACCGACCAAUGGUCCGAUCUAUUACCACCGACUGCUGCCCCUCCCGCCUCUCAAAUGCCCAAAUCCACUACCACCGACACGUCAGGCUCUUCACCUGAAGACGUCAACAACUUCGACUCUCUUCUCGGCGCUUCGUCUGCCGAUCCCUACUUUGACGACUCGCUCUUCCUGUCCAACGACUACUUCCUCGGCGACCUUGACGUCCUCAAGCCCUUUGGCAACAACGCCGCCGCCGCCGCCGCCGCAAACUCCACCACGGAAUCCUCUCCUGAGCCCACGGCAAGUGCCAGCAACCCCGCUACCCACCCGCCUGCAUCGCUGGCCAACGCCCUCAACCAAUCGCCGCACAUGUCUGCAGCCCAGAAGCAGGCACUUCAACGUGCCAACGCCUUCCCCAACCCCGCCUAUGAGUCCAUGUUCCCCAACAACAUGGAGUCGGGCUUCGUCCAAGACCUCACCUUUCCAGACGGCCCCAAGGGCCAGCCCGCCGCAUCCAAGCCGGCUGCCGAAAGGCCUCAGACGUCGACGACGCCAAACGCCACCUCGAAGCGUACCAAGAACAAGCCAGAUAUCCUCUCGGCAUGCUGGACCUCCCCCCUGUGCCCCAACCAUGACCAGGACGGCCCGCCACCCAACCCCUCCACCUGUGGCGGUGGUUGUGCGCCCUUUCUCUUUGCCGAUCAAGACAACCUGCCCAGCAUCAGUGACUUGCUGGCCGAGCCCCAAGAAGUCACUGCCGCAGAGGGCAUCGUAGAGAUCCAGCCCCGGCCCAAGAAGCGGUCAGAAAGCGACGCUUCGGCCAACGGCUUCUCUACUCGUCGAUUCGAGAGCAACGAGUCGACCACGUCUCCCAGCGAAGAUCGGCAAAGGACAAAGAGUGAGACGACAGAGGACACGUCUACCAAGGAAUCGCCUCAAGCCAACGACGACGGAAAGCCAAAGUCGCGUCGACGACUACCACACAACCAAGUCGAGCGCAAGUACCGCGAAUCCCUCAACACCCAACUUGACUCGCUUAAGCGUGUCGUGCCAUCAUUACAGCAAAACCCGCGAGCCUGCGACAGCGCCGACAUUGAGGAUCUGCCUGCCCCCUCCAAGCCUAGCAAGGCCGUCAUCCUGGCUUCAGCCACUGCCUACAUCAAGCAAAUGGAAAAGGAGAAAAAGAGCCUAGCUGACGAGAACCAACUACUGCGUACCAGAGUAAAAGCCCUGCAAGCCUUGGUCAAAUGCGACGACUGCAGCUUGAUGCAGUACGUCAUGGACCUGAAGAUCAAACAGGGAGGCUAAAUGGCCCAUUUUCCCCUCUGGAUCCGACAUUGCACCAUCUACACAGCAUUCGCCUGGCGUUUAGAAUUGCGUAUACCGAAUCGGAUUUUGAUCUUGCAACUAAAGCUAGAUUUUCCAGUCCAGACGAACAACUAAUUGCCGUCGCCGCUCCCCCGACUGCCGGCUUUCUCCACGGCCGAACCCUUUUUCUGUUUCCCUGUAACGAUAGGCGUUUUGGUAUUGGGCAACAAAAGACGCGAGCUGACGCAUUCGCGCUCAUAGGCGUUUUUCUUUUCUUUUCUUCGAGUUGACUUUCCAUGGUGUGGCAACAGGUGUAGAGUCUAUGCUGUAGCACAAUGCAUGACUGCACAUUUACGAAUAAUGCUGUGCGCUGCUCCCCGUCAAAGGGGAAAUGGAGCAGCAGUGAUGAAUUAUCUAUACCACGAAUACGAUUCUGUGUCUU